AUGUCCUGCCUGACACCAGCUAAUAUCCUUUUGGCUUCUUCGCCUGCUGCUUUGCCUCUUCCCUCUCCAAUUUUAUGCCAACCAUUGCCUUCUUCGAAACCACCAGUUUAUGUACCUCCUAAACCACCGGAUCUCUCUCCUUCGGUUCCUACUGUCCUGCCACCGCCUCCCUCUGCCCCUCCUCCGGCUUUUUCACCAGGGGUGCCCAACGUUGCUACCACUCCUCUUCAAGAGUCUCUCCGUGCCGCUGCUCCAUUGCUGGCUUUUGAUUCUGCCACACCAAAUCUUUUUCCUGUAAUUGUUCCUGCCGCCGUGGGGGGAGGCCCAGCCCGCCACGAACAGUUUGAUUUAAGAUUCAUAAAGGAACUGUAUUCCUCUGUCAGGGACAAUGGCUUACAUUCUCCUUAUACCCUGGGACUUUUUGGCACUAUUUUCCAGCAAAAUCUAAUACCAGAGGAUGUAAAAUUAUUAGCCCGCACUGUUAUGCAGCCUCAUCAAAUGAUUUUGUUUAUACAAGCUUGGCAUUGGGCUUGCCAACGUCGCGUUGAUGGCAUUCGCAACAAUCUCAACAAUGCUGCGCAGGCAGCUCACCAAGCCGCGAUUGCCGCCGCUGGCGCUCCACCUCCAGCCCCUGUUAUGUUGACCCAUACUGAUGUUUUUGACGGCCUGACAGGUGGGGGCAAUUUUCUUACCAUCGCCCAGCAGCUAGCCCUUGAUCCCAUGUAUUGGGAAGCCACUACCGCUGCCGCUCAGGAGGCCCUGUCCGCUGUGCCUGAUGAAAAGACUGAGCGUGAUGGACGUUGGGGCAGCGUCCGGCAAGGCCCUGCAGAGCCUUAUGGACAAUUUGUCGAUCGCUUGUAUAACACCCUCAAGCGGCAAGUUCAGGACGUCGCAGCCCAAGAAGUGAUUGUCCGCCAGCUUGCGUUUGAUAAUGCAAAUGAGGACUGUAAGCAAGCACUGCGCCCUUUGAUGACAACGCCAAAUAUUGCCAUUGCAGAUAUGCUCAAGGCCUGCCAGUCAGUGGGCACUGAGACGCACAAAGCUCGUCUGUUAGCCGCAGCUCUAUCCUCUACAGUAUCCCAGAAUCCUGCCAAGGACAAAACUUGUUUUGGUUGCGGAAAAAUGGGACAUUUUCGUGCGCAGUGCAGAUCCAUCACGCAGCAAUGCCGCCCUAGCACAAAGUGCCCUAUUUGUAAGAAAGGCUUUCACUGGGCUAACCAGUGCCGUUUUGCCGUGCCUCAACAAAGUCAACAACAACAACAAAAACAGCAACAUCAACAAAACCAACUGACGGAAACCGGCAGUCGGGCCCACCCGGGCCCAGGCACAACAAUAGGGGAUUCAGCAUGUUCUCCGGUCAUUCCACCGCCAGCACUACCUCACCUUUCUCUAACCCAGGACUUAUGCCUGCCAGUCCCCUAUGUACCACAACAGGCUCAAGUGUCAAUAGGGGCUGGUUUUUCUUCUUCAGCACAGUGCCUUGUCUUCCCACUGUCAGAGGUUUUGCAGCAAGGGGUCCAUCUUGUUCCAGAUGUGUUACAUGGAUUACAACACAAUGACCCUUAUGUGACUGUCUUUUCUGAUCGCCCUACGCAUUUGCCGUCUGGUUCUCCUAUUGCCAAGAUUGUGUGCGCUCCGGAGACGAUCCAGAACCAUGAUCCUCUUGUUGCCGCUACUUUUUCAGUCACAGAGGAGCGCCCAAAGAUCCAGAUGACCCUUGGAGGCCGCAUGAUUGAAGGGGUUUUGGACACGGGGGCGGAUUGCUCCGUGAUCGCCUCCAAGGAUUGGCCUCCUGCUUGGCCCACCGAACCAGCUUCUUCUGUUGUCGGCGUUGGAGGCUCUGCCUCGGCCCGCCGCAGCAGGAAUCCUAUUUUGAUUCAAGGCUCUCAAGGCUUUGAAAUGACUAUUUUGCCACUGAUCCUGGACAUUCCUGUCUCCCUUUGGGGGCGAGAUCUGCUUGCUGCAGCGGAUACCACCAUUUCUACAAAUUUAUGCUAA